UGAAGUCAGUGCAUGAAGACGCGGGGAGGUGCACGUAUGUUUAUUUACAACUCUGACGCGGUACAAUUGCGCGCGCAAUGAAUCGAGCACCAGUGUCGUGUAUUCCAGCCGGGAAGAUGUCAAAGGCGAAAAAGAUGCUCGAUGAGGCCCGCGAGAUCCAAAAUCCAGAGUUGGAUCUCUUUGAUAAGGGUAUCUCGACGUUCGAGGAGAUGCCUGGAUUACUUACUAUGAUCAAUAUAACCAGAUUGACUUUAAGCCACAAUAAGAUUCAAGUUGUACCACCAGGUCUGGCAAAUUUGAUGAAUUUGGAAAUAUUGAAUCUGUUUAAUAAUCAUAUUACUGAGCUUCCCGUCUCGUUGUCACAGAUGCCAAAGCUAAGGAUUCUCAAUGUUGGAAUGAACAAAUUGGAUGUGCUUCCGCGUGGAUUUGGUGCAUUUCCAGUACUGGAAGUGUUAGAUUUAACAUAUAAUAAUCUGAAUGAAAAAAAUUUACCAGGGAAUUUUUUUAUGAUGGAAACAUUAAGAGCACUUUAUUUGGCUGACAACGAUUUUGAAUAUUUACCCCCUGAAAUUGGACAAUUAAAAAAUUUACAAAUUCUUGUCUUGAGAGAGAACGAUUUAAUAGAAUUACCAAAAGAAAUAGGCGAAUUGACGCGCCUGAGAGAGUUGCAUAUUCAAGGAAAUCGAUUGACAGUCUUGCCUCCGGAAAUAGGAAACCUGGAUUUAGUAAGUAAUAAAGCAGUAUUCAGAAUGGAAUUUAAUCCAUGGGUUACUCCGAUCGGCGAUCAGCUGCAAGUGGGUAUAUCGCACGUUAUGGAUUACAUUCGUUCUGAGACAUAUAAAUAUGUAUAUAAUCGACACCAAAAUGCCAAAGGUCCGCCACCGCCGAUCGAAAACGACAAGAGUAAGAAAAUAUCCCAUAUUCGUUAAAACGAAAUAAACGAUAAUUAACGCUCGAAAUGUAUUUUUAAACUAACUUAUAACACGAUCUUAAUUCACCCACUGCCAGUAAUUUUGUAUCUAUAAUAUCAUUGCAAUCAAAAAUGGUGCCUUAGCUAAUAUAUAAUUAAUACGAAACUAUAGUUUUAUU